AUGGCAGGGGCUCUGCUCUGUGGCCUGCUCCUCUUGGGGCUCCUAGGCAGUGGUGACGGGAAGAAUGAAGAGUUGAAACUUUAUCAACAUCUCUUCCACAACUAUGACCCACAACGACGACCAGUGAAGGGGCCAGAGGACACUGUUACCAUCACCCUCAAGGUCACCCUGACCAACCUCAUCUCAUUGAAUGAGAAAGAGGAGACCCUCACUUCCAGCGUCUGGAUUGGAAUCGAUUGGCAUGAUUACCGACUCAACUACAGUAAGAAUGACUUUGGGGGAAUAGAAGCAUUGCGAGUCCCUUCAGAACUCGUGUGGCUACCAGAAAUUGUGCUGGAAAACAAUAUUGAUGGCCAGUUUGGUGUGGCCUAUGACGCUAAUGUGCUGAUCCUCGAGGGUGGCCUUGUGAGCUGGUUGCCCCCAGCCAUCUACCGCAGCACCUGCGCCGUGGAGGUCACCUAUUUCCCCUUCGACUGGCAGAACUGCUCCCUCAUUUUCCGCUCUCAGACGUACAAUGCCCAAGAGGUGGAGUUCAUCUUUGCUAAGGACCUUGCUGGCGAGACCAUCAACAAGAUUGAUAUCGACACUGCGGCCUAUACUGAAAACGGCGAGUGGGCCAUCGACUUCUGCCCAGGGGUGAUCCGCCGCUACGACGACGGAGCCUCAGCGGACCACCCGGGAGACACCGACGUCUUCUACACGCUCAUCAUUCGCCGGAAGCCACUUUUCUAUGUCAUCAAUAUUAUCGUGCCCUGUGUGCUCAUUUCGGGCUUAGUGUUGCUCGCCUACUUCCUGCCGGCUCAGGCCGGUGGCCAGAAAUGCACUGUCUCCAUCAACGUCCUGCUUGCCCAAACCGUCUUCCUGUUCCUAAUUGCCCAGAAAAUCCCAGAGACUUCUUUGAGCGUGCCGCUGCUGGGCAGGUACCUAAUUUUCGUCAUGGUGGUUGCCACGCUCAUUGUCAUGAAUUGCGUCAUCGUGCUCAACGUGUCGUUGCGGACGCCCACCACUCACGCCGUAUCCCCGCGGCUGCGCCACGUUUUGUUGGAACUGCUGCCGCGACUGCUGGGCUCGGGGCCACCCUCUGAACCUCCUCUGGCCACCUUGCCCCCAAGGCGGGCGUCCUCGGUGGGUAUCCUGCUCCGUGCGGAGGAGCUGAUUCUAAAAAAGCCACGGAGCGAGCUAGUGUUUGAGGGGCAGCGGCACCGGCACGGAGCCUGGGCCGCUGCGCUCUGCCAAAGCCUGGGCGCCGCCGCCCCCGAGGUCCGCUGCUGUGUGGACGCUGUGAACUUCGUGGCAGAAAGCACGCGAGACCAGGAGGCCACUAACGAGGAGUUGUCCGAUUGGGUGCGCAUGGGGAAGGCCCUGGACAAUAUCUGCUUCUGGGCGGCACUGGUGCUCUUCGGAGUGGGCUCCGGCCUCAUCUUCCUCGGGGGCUUUCUCAACCAGGUGCCCAAACUUCCUUUCCCCUCUUGCAUGUAG